AUGACAUGGCAUCUAUCGCAUCAUUCGAAGUUGGGCUUGCUACAGACCGUCCUGGCCAUCAUUGACUUGAUAUUCUUCCUCGUGGAUCCGUCGGGAACGCAUCUUAUCUUCAAUUGGAUUCUCUCCAAGCUAUAUUCAAACGCUAUCUUGUCAAGUCUCAACUCAAGGUCCGGCUGGAAGUUUGGAAGCUCUGAUGAUGGACAGCGGUCAACGGUGUUACCAUCUCGGCCAGGCCAUCCUCCGGUUGUCCAAGUCUUCCGACAGGAGGAAUUAGAGCUCAGCGUUAUCCCAGGGCGUAAGGAAGAUUUAUACCCUUCUUCUGAAAGAAGUUCAGACCAUAUGUGA